AUGGCACGUCUGUUGGAUCUUCCAGAUGAAUUGAUUCUAGCUAUCGUCGACUACCUACAAAUGGACACAAAGCAGGUCCAAUUGCCAUUCUAUCGACUUGGAGAUGCUUACCGCUACGCGAUCGACCAUGAUCCUUCACCAAGAGUUAAACACCUUCAUUCUUUGCUACUUACCUCUUAUCGCCUGAGUGGUCUUCUGCGGCCAAUAUUUUAUCGUGACAUCUUUGUCCGCGAAUAUUGUCGCGUUGGCGAGGAGGCUCCGCUGCAGCAGCUGAAGUGGAGUCUUGAGAAGAACCCGAGUCUCCAGGAACACAUCAUUUCGGCGACCGUUCCAUGUAGGAGCUCCUGGUGUGGUGACCACUCUAUCCAUGAUAUCUUUCAAUUUUUUUGGUUCACCAACAUCCAGACCCUUACCAUUCACAAAUUUAUCGAUUGGGAGCCCCUGGAAUUUGAAAACAACUCACAUAUUGGCACUUCGCCUGUGAAAUGUCUAAGGCUGAUUGAUUGUGGGGCGCAUGAGGAGGCUUUGGCCGCUGUAUUAAGUUGGCCAGCAGCUUUAAAAAUACUUCACUAUGAUGCCGACCAAGGCGAGUGGGAGGGCGUUCGUGGAAAUGAGCCACUCGAAGGCUGGACAUGUGCGGCUUUUGUGCGUACACUGCAAUCACAAAAGAGAUCAUUGGAAGAACUUACAAUGACACGGCCGUGGCUGGACCAUGAAGGACUGGGGGAUGGACCUCGCAUUGAUCUGAGCGAGUUCACGUCCCUUACCACUUUACGCAUCUACCACGUCUUUCUCUGCGGGUGGGAUGAUCGGUAUGGGGUCUGGAAAUGCUUACCUCGCAGUCUGGAGGUGCUAGAGGUCUUUUACGAUGAUCAUGACCUCACUCCAUUUUUAUGUGAGACCGACGAUGGGUAUGAUACUUUUGUUUUUGAUUUGAUUAGGCAUAAGAGGGCGCACCUCCCACAUUUACGCACAGUGACCAUCUACUCGCUUGAAGUAGUCCAUGAUCAUGAAACAGAGGAGAACCUGCCUGCGGGGCUCUGGAGGUUGCCAUCUUCACUUGCGCGCGAAGCAAAAUCCGCUGGUAUAAAGCUGAAUGUGUUGCUGGGAUACCCGGAUGCUCCAAGUUUCGAGGAAGCCGACGUCUUCGGGUCACCGAAAACCAGCUAA